CUGUCAGUUUUAUCCAAUGUGCUGAGAACGUGUGCUCAAAAAAAUUUGUACACUGUCUGUUUACAGGGUGCUGCAGUGGUUGUGUCAGCAAGGACGUACGCUGAUUUCACAACUCAGGCUACUUUUGAGAUAAAGAAAUGCGACCUCCACAAACUGGAUGAGGGUCCGGCCACUCAGGUGGUGAUGACGCGCGAUGAGGGUCUGCAGUACUAUCGUACCAUGCAGACGAUGAGGCGAAUGGAGCUCAAGGCUGAUCAGCUGUACAAGCAAAAGAUCAUUAGGGGCUUCUGUCAUUUGUAUGAUGGCCAGGAAGCCUGUGCUGUUGGUAUCGAGGCAGCCAUUAAUAUGACCGACCAUCUGAUCACGGCCUAUCGUGCCCACGGUUACACACUGACCAGGGGAGGCACUGUCAAGGAGAUCAUGGCUGAGCUUACCGGGCGAAGAGGUGGUAUUGCAAAGGGCAAAGGAGGUUCAAUGCACAUGUACUGUCAACAUUUCUAUGGUGGAAAUGGCAUUGUUGGAGCUCAGGUUCCAUUGGGUGCUGGCGUAGCUUUAGCCUGUAACUAUCUAGGAAACCAACAGUUGUGUGUCUGUCUUUAUGGUGAUGGUGCUGCCAAUCAGGGUCAAAUUUUCGAGACAUACAACAUGGCCGCACUUUGGAAACUGCCCGUCAUCUUCAUCUGUGAGAACAACAGAUAUGGCAUGGGCACGUCAGUGGAACGAGCAGCAGCCAGCACGGACUAUUACAAGAGAGGAGACUACAUCCCUGGUCUCAGGGUAGAUGGGAUGGAUGUCCUGUGUGUUCGGGAAGCAACCCGGUUUGCAGCUGAUAUGUGCCGAGCUGGGAAAGGUCCCGUUUUGAUGGAACUUCAGACGUACCGCUACCACGGUCACAGCAUGAGUGAUCCCGGUGUCAGUUACCGCACACGUGAGGAGAUCCAGGAAGUGCGCAGUAAGAGUGACCCCAUCUCUUUGCUAAAAGACCGCAUGCUCAGUAACAACAUGGCAAGUGUGGAGGAGCUGAAGGAAAUUGACGUGGAGGUGAGAAAGGAAAUUGAAGAUGCUGCCCAGUUCGCUACCACUGACCCCGAACCGCCACUGGAAGAACUGUGCAACCACAUCUUUCACAACGAUCCACCCUUGGAGGUGCGGGGAACCAACCCAUGGACCAAGCUGAAGUCUGUCAGUUAA